AUGUCUGUUACUCUACAUACUGAUCUUGGCGAUAUCAAAAUUGAAGUGUUCUGUGAAGCGGUUCCAAAAACGGCCGAGAACUUUCUUGCAUUGUGUGCCAGCGGAUACUAUGAUAACAAUCUUUUUCACCGUAACAUCAAAGGGUUUAUGGUACAGACAGGCGACCCAACAGGUACCGGCAAAGGCGGUAACUCUAUUUGGGGUCGUAAAUUCAACGAUGAAAUCCGAUCCACUUUAAAACAUAACGCACGCGGGAUCGUGUCUAUGGCCAAUUCUGGCCCCAACACCAACGGUUCACAAUUUUUCAUCACCUACGCAAAGCAUCCUCAUCUCGAUACCAAAUAUACCGUCUUUGGAAAAGUCAUUGAUGGUGCGGAUUCUACGCUCGACGCAAUAGAAAAAGUACCGGUAGAUGAAAAAUAUCGACCUAUUCAAGAAGUCCGCGUAAGGAGUGUCACUAUCCACGCCAAUCCCAUUGCCGAUAAAGCCAUCUAA